AUGCCGUUAGCUAGCUUCGACGCCGACGACCUGGGUCUUCUUCGACAUUAUGCAACUACGUCCUCCCUUACUCUUGCGCCCAAAGAUACUCUCCACUUGUUCCAGGUCAACGUGCCUGGCGAAGCAAAGUCUCAUUUGUUUCUUAUGCACAGCGUUUUAGCCUUCUCUGCGCUGCAUCUUUCUGUCAUCGAUACCCGUAAUCGAGAUCGUCAUAUCCACAAUGCGUUCAAGCAGCACCAAGAAGCCCUGGUCUCUUUUCGCGAGUCGGUCAAAGAAGUCACAGUCGAGAAUGGCGGGGCCAUUACCGCGUUUUCGUUCUUGAUCCUUGUCUAUACCAUCGGCCUUCCCAUUGUUUUCGGUUUCGAUAACGCAACCAGUCCGCUGGAUUCCUUUAUUGAUAUUUUGCAAAUACUUCGAGGAGCGUGGGCUGCCCUUGGCCCGAAUAUGGCAGGUGUCGAGAGCGGUAAAUUACGAGAGCUGGUAAAACCACAGCCUAUGAAGCGGAAGCCCUGCGUGAUGCACGCCAUGGGAGCAAAAGUCAUUCGCUCCCUCAGCCACUUCCUAGACACCUCGUCCAUUGUCGAAGACGAGCAUCGUCAGACCUACCGCGAGGCUUUGAUGCAUUGGGAACGAUUCUUCAUGAACUCGCCAUGCAAGCCACCACUUUGGGCAAAUGCACUCGUAUGGACGAUGACUGCUCCGCACGCCUACUUCAAACUCUUGCAGGAGAGAAGACCUUUUGCCCUGAUCAUUUUUGCAAACUGGGCCAUCGCACUCGUCCGGGCUCCUAAUAUGUGGUUCAACGCUUGGGCAAGAGAGGUGGUCGCUGACAUAUGGCAGAUAUCCGACAAAGAGACCAGGAAAGGAUUGAUGUGGCCAGCGGAGGUGUGCGGCAUCAUACCAAAGAACUUCCAUCCCCCGGACUGCGUAUGCUGGGAAUGUCGUGCAGGAGACCCAUACCUGUCGGUUCGCGAUUCGGCAGCUGCGGUCCUGGUGGACAGGACAAGGGGAGAUAUACCAAGAGAAAGUCCUGAGAGGCAACUACAGCCCGUUCAGCCCUAUACGAUCGUGGAGCAACCUGCCUUCCAGAAUCUGAUGAAGACGGUAUGA